GGAAAAUUAGGGUUUCACAGUCACUCCUUCAUCUCUUCCUCACAGAGCAGAGCAACAAUGGGAGAAGCAUUCGAAGUCGGCGCAGUUCCUUUCAACGCCGACGGUUGGGGGCCAUUGGACAACGCAGCCGCCAACACCAACCUCCCUCUCAACGUCCCCUUCGCCCCCUUCUCCCGCUCCGACAAGCUCGGCCGUAUCGCCGAUUGGACCCGCAACUUCAACAACCCGACCCGCUCCAAGAACCCAGCCGACUCGGCAUUCGACUUCUCCCUCGACGAAUCCUUCCCCGCUUCCGCCGAUGACGACGCCUCCUUCCGCCUCGUCGACGGCAAACCCCCUCCGCGUCCCAGGUUCGGUCCCAAGUGGCGCUUCCAGCAGCAGCGUCAACUCCCUCAGCGUCGCGAUGAGGAGGUUGAAGCCAAGAAGCGUGAGGCCGAGAAGGAACGUGCCCGCCGCGAUCGCCUGUACCACCUGAACCGUUCAAACCCUAACGCCCCUCGCCGUGAAGCUGCGGUGUUCAAAUCGUCGGUGGAUAUUCAGCCAGAGUGGAACAUGCAUGAUCAGAUCCCAUUCUCCACGUUCUCCAAGCUCUCCUUCACCGUCCCUGAACCCGAAGAUCUUCUCCUCUGUGGUGCUCUCGAGUACUACGAUCGCGCAUACGAUCGAAUCACCCCGAAGAACGAGCGCCGGCUUGAGAGGUUCAAGAAUCGCAACUUCUUCAAGGUUACCACCACUGAUGACCCUGUUAUUCGGAGGCUCGCGAAUGAGGAUAAAGCGACUGUGUUUGCCACUGACACCAUUCUCUCCACGCUCAUGUGUGCACCCAGGUCUGUUUACUCUUGGGAUAUCGUUGUUGAGCGUGUUGGGAAUAAGCUUUUCUUUGAUAAGAGAGAUGGGUCGCAGUUGGAUUUGCUUUCUGUUCAUGAGACAUCGCAGGAGCCUUUGCCUGAGGCUAAGGAUGAUAUUAACUCGGCUCAUUCGUUGAGCGUUGAGGCCGCGUAUAUCAAUCAGAAUUUCUCCCAGCAAGUGUUGAUUAGGGAUGGGAACAAGGUUACUUUUGAUGAGGCGAAUCCUUUUGCUAAUGAGGGUGAGGAGGUUGCUUCUGUGGCUUAUAGGUAUAGGAGGUGGAAGCUUGAUGAUGAUAUGUAUCUGGUUGCUAGGUGUGAGGUGCAGAGUGUUGUUGAUGUGAACAAGCAGAGGUCGUUCCUAACAUUGAAUGCGUUGAAUGAGUUUGAUCCUAAGUAUUCCGGUGUUGAUUGGAGGCAGAAGUUGGAGACGCAGAGAGGUGCUGUGUUGGCUACUGAGCUCAAGAACAAUGCAAAUAAGUUGGCUAAAUGGACUGCCCAAGCUCUGCUUGGAAGUGCGGAUAUGAUGAAGUUGGGAUAUGUGUCUCGUAUCCAUCCCCGUGACCACUUUAAUCAUGUGAUUUUGGCUGUGGUUGGAUAUAAACCCAAGGACUUUGCUGCACAGAUUAAUUUGAACACUUCUAAUAUGUGGGGAAUUGUGAAGUCUAUUGUGGAUUUGUGCAUGAAAUUGAAUGAGGGGAAAUAUGUUCUUGUGAAGGAUCCAUCUAAGCCCCAGGUUAGGAUUUAUGAGGUUCCAGCAAAUGCAUUUGAAAACGACUACGUGGAGGAGCCACUUCCUGAAGAUGAACAAGUUCAACCUCCAGCAGAGGGUGCUGAUGGUGAAGAGGCUGCUGCUACCACCAAUGAUGUGGAAGAUAAGCCAGUAGAAGAUCAAGCUUGAAAGGCAAUUGUUAUGUAUGAAUGGGGGUUUGCAGCUUUUCACGUUGGAGCUAAUCGCAGUCCAAAUCAUUUUCUCUUAUGCAGCCCUUUGUAGGCCAAAAUUUUACCAUUUGAGAUGUUCCUCUACACCUGAGUUUUUAAAAGCCAUACUCUUGAGUUUUUGAGGCUGCAGCUGUUUAUGAUUUACAGACCUUAACUUAUUUAAGCGGAAUCUGUACUUUCAAAAUUGUAUCUUGCUCCUUUGUUGUCAGAUUUUAUUUUAAUUCUGAGCACUUAGGGUUAUUAUUUGCA